AUGGACCUGACGACAGCCUAUCGCUACAACGCCAGUAUGAUGGAAUAUCAUUCAUGCCAUGGGGGUAUCAACCAACUCGGGGGAGUUUUCGUUAACGGCCGCCCUUUACCAGAUAUUGUCCGUCAAAGGAUUGUUGAACUAGCUCACCAGGGAGUGCGGCCCUGUGACAUCAGCAGACAACUCAGAGUAUCUCACGGGUGUGUGUCCAAAAUUCUGGGCAGGUACUAUGAAACGGGUUCCAUAAAACCCGGAGUCAUCGGCGGCAGUAAGCCUAAAGUGGCGACAGCCAAAGUGGUUAACACGAUAGCUACCUACAAGAAACAAAAUCCAACUAUGUUUGCGUGGGAGAUCCGAGACCGCCUAUUAAUGGAUGGUGUGUGUAGCCAGGAUAACAUCCCCAGUGUUAGUUCUAUCAAUAGGAUUGUAAGAAACAAGGCAGCAGAAAAGACGAAGCAAAUUAUGAAUGACGGAAGCCCACAACACGAGGCGCCUACUAAUACUACGUCUGUCAUCACGCAUGCGCCACCAACUAUUCAAGACACUGCCCAACAUUUCUUACGGCCAUCUUACUCCAUUAGCGGUAUACUAGGAAUUUCGAAUGCUGAUACAAACACUAAUCGGAAUAAGAGAAAAAGAGAUGAUAGAACUGGAGGUUUGUCCCGAGACAUCAACGAACAGACUGUUCAGGAAGAGGAAACGAAGCAACAACGCACACAGUACAAUGGUGACCAGUUGUACACGAACCAAAUAUGGCCCAAAUGGGGAAAACAAGAAGAAUUAAAACCCAUGGUCGGAGAUCUCCCAACGGUCAUGUCUAACGGACCGCCGUAUACGCUUCAACAAUUCGCCGCAGCUCCUGAACACACCUUCUCCGCCGUUGUUUCGUCGGCUGGUACAGAACACUUAAAGCAUGAUACUCUAGCUGUUGCCUUCGAUGGAACGAUCAAUGCUAUCAGCUCUCAAGUACAAUCGGCGCCUGUUUAUUCCCCGCCUCUUGUGAUGACGUGUCGUGAUGUCUUAUCCCCGCAUGUUCUUCCACUAGGCAGUAGUGAUAUUGAAAACAGCCCAUCUCCAGCGAAAGCCGAAACCCCUACCUCGCCGUCAUUGACUGUCCUACAGCCAGUGCAAAAUACAUCUCUUAAUGGCGGUCCAAGUGAUCUGUAUGAUUCUAUCAACAGUUUUGGUCAAUACCAAGUAGCUGGAAGUGCAGUCUCAGGUGCGGGCCUUCCUGGAAGUGAGUACAGCUACACAUCUCAGUUCUCCCAAUACCCAUCACCCACUGCAUAUGGAACCUAUGGAUACGGACCAAGCGGAAUUAUAAAUACAUCAUACUACUAUGCCCACAACGCACGACCACCGUCUUCCAAUGGUCCUGCUCUCGGCAGCCCUAUUAGUCCAAACAUUUUCAAGACAGAAAGGUGCUAG